AUGGACCGGAUUAUCCUCUUGUGCAUGGUUUCCACCUGUCUCUCAGCCGUACAUUCUCAGAAAUUUUUUUUCAGCCCAAAAUGGGGACCCAUUGGCUAUAAAGAGCAUGAAGAUCACGGCGAUGGGACAGCAAUGGAUGAAAUCAUUAAAGCUAAUGAGAUCCAAGCUUCCCGAAUCAUCGACGGCAUUACCAGUCUCAGAGAGGGAGACAUUGCUGUUUCUGCCGGAAGGCGCUCCAAAGUCUGCUUUGCACGGAGCUGCCUCUGGUCUAAGUCAGUGGAUGGACAUGUCUACAUUGCAUACAGGCUCUCAACUGAAUACUCUGAGAUGGAGACAAAGCUGAUAAAGAAAGGGAUGGAGAACAUAGAGAAAGGUACCUGUGUGCGGUUUGUUCCUCGGACUCACCAGCGUGACUUCAUCGACAUCCAGCAAAAGUCUGGGUGUUGGUCCUACCUUGGUUCGCGUGGUGGAAGACAGACCGUAUCUCUCCAGAGCCCUAACUGCCUCCAAGUUGGAGUGAUUUCCCAUGAAUUCAUGCAUGCCCUGGGCUUUGUGCACGAGCAGUCUCGCUUUGACCGGGACAACUAUGUCACCAUCAUGUGGCCAAACAUUUGGAGGGAUCGUUUGAGAAAUUUUGAGAAAUUUAAGACUGACCAUUUGGACCUUCCAUAUGAUUAUGGCUCAAUAAUGCAUUUUGGGAUGUAUGCCUACUCUCAGGAUGGGGAGCCAACCAUCAUUCCUAAGAACAGCAAGAACAUAAAGCUGGGCCAAACAUCGACUCUCAGCCACAUUGACAAGCUGAAAAUCAACAAACUCUAUAAAUGCGGUGACAAGGAUGAUUACUAG